AUGGCGGCCUCCACCAAACUGCCCGUCCUGAAGGGGAUCGGCGGCAUGGACAGCGAUGACGUCGCGGUGGCGGGCGGAAAGAAGGCGGGCAGGUGGGGGUUCGUGCAGUUCUUCUUCGCGCUCGCCAUCGUCCUCUGCGUGCUCCUCUACGCGCCGCGCGUCCUCGUGAUCAGCCCGUACGGGUACAGCAUCGACGUCGGGCUCUUCGCGCCGACGACGACCUCUUCGUCGUCGGUGCCGCUGCAGCAGCGCGUUUCUGGCGGCGGCAAUGCGGGAGGCGACGGCGGCCGCGUCCGUGAGGUGGUCCUUGACAACGAGGUGCACUCCCCGUGCUCGUCCAUGCGCGACCACACCAUCUGCUGCGACCGCUCGAGCGUGCACACCGACGUGUGCUUCAUGUCCGGCGACGUGCGCACGGACGCCGCGACGCUGUCGCUCCUGCUGUUCCCGCCGCACCAGCACCGGCAUGAUCAGGCGCGGAACGGCACGUCGGAGGAGGAGAGGGUGCGGCCCUACCCGCGGAAGUGGGAGAGCUUCAUCAUGGACAAGGUCCCCGAGGUGCGGCUCCGUGUGGUGGCGCCGCGGCGGCCGGAGGAGCACCGGUGCGACGUUCGGCACGACGCGCCGUUGCUCGUCAUGUCCGCGGGGGGCUACACCGGCAACCUGUUCCACGCAUUCAACGACGGGUUCCUGCCGUCGUGGGUGACGGUGCAGCACCUCCGCCGCCGCGUCGUGCUCGGGGUGCUCUCGUACAACCCCUGGUGGGCCGGCAUGUUCAGCGAGGUCAUCUCCGGCCUCUCCGACCACCACGUGGUUGACCUCCUCCACGACACGCGCACGCACUGCUUCCCGGGCGCCAUCGUGGGGACACGCUACCACGGCAUCCUCAUCGUUGACCCCGCCAGGCUCCGCGACAACAAGACCAUCGUCGACUUCCACCAGAUGCUCGCCGACGCGUACGAGAAGCCGCCGCCACGGGAGACGACGACGACGACAGUACAGCAGCAGCAGGACCAGCAGCGCCGGCCAAGGCUGGGGAUCGUGUCGCGCAAGGGUACGCGGGUGAUCGAGAACCAGGCGGCGGUGGCGCGGCUGGCGUCGUCGGUGGGGUUCGACGUGGACAUCCUGGAGACGGCCGACGGUCGGCCGCUCUCGGCGUGGUACGCGUCGCUGCGCGCCUGCGACGCGCUGGUGGGCGUGCACGGCGCGGACCUGACCAAGUUCCUGUUCCUGCGGCCGGGCCGCGCGUCGCUCACCCAGAUCGCGCCGCUGGGGGUAUCCCCGAUCGCGCAGGAGGACUUCGGGGUCCCCGCCGCCCGGAUGGGCCUGGCGUACGAGCAGUACGAGGUGCGCGCCGCCGAGAGCUCGCUGGCGCGCAAAUACGCGGCGGACGACGCGGUGGUGGCCGACCCGGAGAAGGCGAUGCGGGACAAGGGGUGGGACCUCGUGGCGCGCAUCUACCUCGGCGGCCAGAACGUGACCCUCGACCUCGCCAGGUUCCGCCGGACGCUGGCGAGGAUGCACGCGCACAGCGGCGCCCUCGGGAGAGGCGGUGAUGGCCGGCCGCGACAGUUACGUGCUGCUGGCCGCCUGGCCGGCUAG